CAUACAUAUAUAUAUAUUAUAUAUUAUAUAUGUUGCUUGUCUGAAAUAGACAAAAAGAACAUGCUUUUGAUUAUGGACUUAUGGCAUGAAAUACAAAUCUCGGAUUCGGAUGCCUUUUUAAAGUAAUUCUGGUUAUUGCAGUCCUGUUUCUUUUAUGGCUGGCUGUCAAUGCUUGUUGCCUUUCUCUUCCUACUUUCUUCCCUACCCCAUCUAGCUAUUAGAAUGGCAUCCAAGUUCUUUGCCAUAACCAUUUAUUCUUUGCUAGUUAUACAGUAUCUCUAUCAGCAGCCAGAAGUUAUAAAAACAAAGUACAAAAACAGAUCUGCAAUGCAGGACUUCUUCACUAAACAUUGCAUAGGAUUAAAGGAUGAGCCAUAUUUACUUGAUGACUAUUGGAGUGGCUUUAAUAUUAAUAUUCUUUUUCAAAGGAAACCAAUGUUAUCUAUUGACAAUGUAUUGCCUCUCAAUCCCAGUUUCAUCAUUGAUGCUUUAAAGACACCCUCCAUUAUCACAGUUUUUACCCUAUUUAUUGCUUACACCAAUGCAGCUCAUCAACUGAUACUUUUAAUGCCCGUCAUUUGACUGCAGCCAUGCUGGAGCACUGCCUUUAGCUGAACAAAUUGACCCAAGGACUUAUUCUUUGUAAGCCUAGUACUUAUUCUAUUGGUCUCUUUUGCUGAACUGCUAAAUUACAGGGACAUAAACACACCAACAUCGGUUGUCAAGUGACGGUUAGGGGAUGAACCAAGACAUACAAACACACACAUAUAUAAUAUUAAAAAUAUGAUGGGCUUCUUUCAGUUUCCAUCUCCCAAAUGCACUCACAUGGCUUUGGUUGGCCUGUGGCUAUAGUCCAAGACACCCAAGGAGCCAUGAAGUGGUACUAAACCCAGAACCAUGUGGUUGGUAAGUAAGCUACUUACCACACAGCCAUGCCUGCACCCUUUGUAGUAAAAUUUGUAUCUAAUUGUGUUAAAAUGAGAUUAGAUCAGACACUGCAUGCUGUGUUAAUUCAAGAGGGGCUCUUCAACAAUGGAACUGGCAAGAAAUAUUCAUUCUGUCUUUGAAAACGAAGCUUUAAGUGUCAGGAUAUACUAAUGAUGGUUUGACUGCAGAUUUUUCUCUCGCAGAUACCCUGUAAUCUGGGUGACCAAGUUCUGUCAAUAUCCAACUUCUGAAGGCAGCGAACUAGCAGAAACGUUAGCAUGCUGGGCGAAAUGCUCGGCGGUAUUUUGUCCGUCUUCACGUUCUGAGUUCAAAUUCUGCUGAUGUCGACUUUGCCUUUCAUCUUUUCGGGGUCAAUAAAUUAAGUACCAGUUGCAUACUGGGGGUCAAUCUAAUCAACUGGCCUCCUCCCGCAAAAUUUUGGGCCUUGUGCCUAGAGUAGAAAAGAAUAUCUAACUUCUGAAAAUCAGAACUGAAGAGAAUCCAAAGCAAACUGCAUAAGAAUUAGCAAAACACUUUAAUUCAAGUCACACUUAGAUCAUAAACACCUCCACGGAGUACGGAAAGUGUCUAAAUUUGGUCAUCAUCUGACUACUUCUCAGCUUAAUCAAAAAAGUUGCCCUCUCUCUGUUAGUAAAGAAUAGAUUUGCUUCUGAACCUUUCCUCGAUAGAAUUAUUGCAUGUGAUGAAAAGUGGGUUUUCCAUAAUCAUAUCCUAGGAGAAAAACAAUGGUUAACACCCAAUGAUAAAGGAGAAUCUCUCCCCAAACCAGGACUACACCCAACAAAUGUUAUGCUCUAUGUUUUGUGGGAUAUAUAGGAUGUCCAUUGUAAAGUGUUAAACCAAACUGAAACAGUUGAUGUGGAGAAGCAUUGUUGUUAGUAGGAAAUAUUGCAGAAAUAGCUUUGACUGUGAAGGAGUUUUGCUCUUAUAUGAUAAUGCAGGCCACACGUCCAAGUCUCUCGGGGAAUGAUUAUCACACUAAAUCUGGCAGUUUUGCUUCCUCCUUAUUCUCAUGACCAUGGUCCAUCUAAUUGCCAUCUUUUCAGAUCACUGCAACAUUGUUUUGAAGGAAGAUAGUUUAUUAGUUGCGAAGAGGUUAAAAAGGAUGUUCUGUGGCUUCGAAACCUGAAGAAUUGUAUGUUUGAAGGAUGAACAAUUUACCACAUAGAUCGGAUUAUGUUAUCAAUAAAGGGAAAUAUCUUGGUUAAAUAAAUCAAUUAAAACUGAAGAAGCUUUUGUUUCUUUACCAUCUUGAAAUACGACAGGACUUUCUUUCCAACCUAAUGUAGAUAACUUUUCAUUUUUGAAGAAUCUCACAUUGAAAAUUGUGACACUGCUUUCUACUACUUUGCAAUUAAACAGAUCUCUUUAACAUUAAAUUUAAUCAAGGACCUUCUGCAUGAU